AUGGCAACCGAAACUGCUGGUACAAAUGGCCUUUAUGGCGCAAACCAAUAUACUCAGCCUGCCGAACUUGCUGCCUCUGCUCCCUCUGCGCCAAACCAUACCUCUUCUGCUUCCCAGAGUACAGCAACCUCUACCAAUGCCCCGAAGGCGGAUCCACAAGAGAUUGGCUGGUAUUUCGUUGAGCAAUAUUACACUACACUGUCAAAGAGCCCGGAAAAAAUACACCUCUUCUACUCCAAGAAAUCACAGCUCGUCACGGGCGUUGAAGCAGAAAAAGUUGUUCCUGCUGUCGGCACAAAGGCAAUCAGCGAAAAGAUCAAAGCACUCGAUUUCCAAGACUGCAAAGUCCGCGUCCUAAACGUCGAUUCUCAGUCUUCAUUCAACAACAUCGUGGUCCAGGUCAUUGGAGAAAUGUCAAACAAAUCUGAGCCUCAUCACAAGUUCGUCCAGACCUUCAUCCUCGCCGAGCAACCGAACGGUUACUUCGUCCUGAACGACAUUUUCCGCUACCUGAGCAAUGAUGAGGAUGAGAUCGUAGAGGAUGAUCAGCCACAACCGGAGGUUCCAGCUGAAGAGCCACCGACCCCUGCCGCAGGUAUUCCAGCCGCUGAGACCGACCAAGAGGAGACGGUUGUCACAGAAGCCGCAGCUGAGGCAGUAGAUGAGAAACUCGAAGAGGACAAACAAGAAGAAGCCGAGACUACUGCAACGGAGGUCAAUGGCGCGCUGGUUCCUGCCACCGCCGGAGAGACAGCUGAGAAGUCCGAGAGUUACGAAGCCGCUGCAGACGUUUCGAUGGAUGAAAAGACGGCGCCCGCUACCACAGAGCAGCCUACCUCCGUGGACGUGAGCCAACCUGAGACAACUACCGAAGUCGCGCCAUCUGCUUCUGCCGAAGCACCACCGGCCAAGAAAACCUGGGCCAGCAUGCUUGGUGGUGGCGCCAAAGCACCAGCAGUUCCAGCUUUGCCUGUGACCACACCCGCUGCUCAGCCAAAGGCAGCUCGCCCUUCACAGGUUGUCCAAGCACCCAAAGCAUCAGCGGAGCCUUCGUCGGCUGCCAACACUGCCUCAAGCACCCCUACCUCGCAGAGCAAUGGCUGGCAAACUGCCGAUCACGGCAAGAAAGGCCGACCACAGAACAAAGCUACAUCGGAGGGCACAGUACUUGCUUAUAUUAAGAAUGUAAAUGAAAAGGUCGAUGCGCGUAUCUUGCGAGAGGUCCUCGAGAACCACGGUGAACUCAAAUAUUUUGACGUCUCACGACCCAGAAAUUGCGCCUUUGUCGAAUUUGCCGACCCUGCCGGCUAUGCUGCAGCUGUCGCCGCUAACCCACACACCGUCGGCAGCGAACAGAUCUACGUCGAAGAGCGUCGCCCUCGUCCCAACGCUUACGGAGGUAGUAACGCCAGUUACAGCCGUGGUGGUAGCCAGGCCGGUCGUGGUCGUGGCGGCAUGCAGGGCAGUCGUUCUGGCAGUCAGACAAACUUUCCCAAAGAUGCUGGUCGCGGAGGUCUUCAGCAGAGAGGUGGCAAGUCUGGUACUGUGACUCCAAAGGGACGUGGCCAGUCGCAGGCGCCUUGA